AUCAAAGCGGCGCAUCCUGAGGCAGGUGGGGGUGCCUGUGGAAGAGGGAAGGCAGGCGACUGGUUAGGGCUUGGCUCGGGAGGCCGGCGGAGCAGCAACUGCAGAAACAGGCAGUGGCAGAGAGGGAAUGGUGCCUGGAGGCGCCGAGGAGGAGGCGCAGUCCGUCCCUCUCAGGGUUAGUGAAUGAGGCUCUCCGCCCGGGCCGGCCCGGGGACUCUGCGCUGCGGGUCCCAAGCAUGAGUGCGGGCCCCGGCUGUGAGCCCUGCACCAAGCGACCCCGCUGGGGCGCCGCUGCAACUUCUCCGCUGGCCGCCUCGGACGCCCGGAGCUUCCCCGGCAGGCAGAGGCGCGUCCUCGAGUCCAAGGACGCUCCCGUGCAGUUCAGGGUCCCACCGUCCUCGUCAGGCUGCGUCCCGGGGCGGGCGGGACCGCACAGAGGCAGCUCCACCUCGCUUGUUUUCAAACAAAAGACUAUUACCAGUUGGAUGGACACUAAAGGAAUCAAGACAACUGAAUCAGAAAGUUUGCAUAGUAAAGAAAACAACAAUACAAGAGUAGAAUCCAUGAUGAGUUCUGUACAAAAAGAUAACUUUUAUCAACAUAAUAUGGAAAAAUUAGAAAAUGUUUCUCAGCUAAGUCUUGAUAAAUCACCUGUUGAAAAAAGUACACAGUAUUUGAACCAGCAUCAGACUGCAGCUAUGUGUAAGUGGCAAAAUGAAGGGAAACAUACAGAGCGGCUUUUAGAAAGUGAGCCUCCGACAGUAACUCUGGUGCCAGAGCGGUUCAGUAAUGCUAACGUUGAUCAGUCGCCUGGAAAUGAUGAGCACAGUGACACAGAUAGUGAGGGAAGUAGAGAUAACCAACAAUUUUUGACACCUGUAAAGUUUACAAAUACAAAGCAGACCACAGAAGGUGAGCAGGCCAGAGAAGCCAGAAGCCACCAGAAGUGUAGCAAGUCUUGCCAUCCUGUAGAAGACUGUGCAGGUUGUCAGCAGGAAGAGAUAGAUGUGGUGCCAGAGAGUCCCUUGUCAGACAUCGGCUCUGAGGAUGUUGGUACUGAACUGAAAAAUGCCAACAAAUUGAGUAGACAAGAGAGUAGUUUAGGAAAUUCUCCUCCUUUUGAAAAAGAAAGUGAACCUGAGUCACCAAUGGAUGUAGAUAAUUCCAAAAAUAGUUGUCAGGACUCAGAAGCAGAUGAAGAGACAAGUCCAGGUUUUGAUGAGCAAGAAGAUAGCAAUUCCUCCCAAACAGCAAGUAAACCUUCAAGGUUCCAAGCAAGAGAAGCCGACACUGAAUUGAGGAAGCGGUCCUCUUCUAAAGGAGGUGAAAUUCGUUUACAUUUUCAAUUUGAAGGAGGAGAGACUCGGAGUGGAAUGAAUGAUUUAAAUCCCAGACCACCUGGAAGUACUUCUAGCUUGAAUGUAGAAUGUAGGAAUUCCAAGCAACAUGGGAAAAAGGACUCUAAAAUCACAGAUCAUUUCAUGAGAAUGCCCAAAGCAGAGGACAAAAGAAAAGAACAAUGUGAAAUCAAGCAUCAAAGAACAGAAAAGAAGAUACCUAAAUACAUUCCACCUCACCUUUCUCCAGAUAAGAAAUGGCUUGGAACUCCUAUUGAGGAGAUGAGAAGAAUGCCUAGGUGUGGGAUCCGGCUGCCUCUCUUGAGACCAUCUGCCAAUCACACAGUAACUAUUCGGGUAGACCUUUUGCGAGCAGGAGAAGUUCCUAAACCUUUUCCAACACAUUUUAAAGAUUUGUGGGACAACAAGCAUGUUAAGAUGCCUUGUUCAGAACAAAACUUGUACCCCGUGGAAGAUGAAAAUGGUGAGCGAACUGCAGGGAGCCGGUGGGAGCUCAUUCAAACUGCACUUCUCAACAAAUUCACACGACCCCAAAACCUGAAGGAUGCUAUCCUGAAAUACAAUGUAGCAUAUUCUAAGAAAUGGGACUUUACAGCUUUGGUUGAUUUCUGGGAUAAGGUACUUGAAGAAGCAGAAGCUCAACAUUUAUAUCAGUCCAUUUUGCCUGAUAUGGUGAAAAUUGCACUCUGUCUGCCAAAUAUUUGCACCCAGCCAAUACCACUCCUGAAACAGAAGAUGAAUCAUUCCAUCACAAUGUCACAGGAACAGAUUGCCAGUCUUUUAGCUAAUGCUUUCUUCUGCACAUUUCCACGACGAAAUGCUAAGAUGAAAUCCGAGUAUUCUAGCUACCCAGACAUUAACUUCAAUCGGUUGUUUGAAGGACGUUCAUCAAGGAAACCAGAGAAGCUUAAAACACUCUUCUGCUACUUUAGAAGAGUCACAGAGAAAAAACCUACUGGCUUGGUGACAUUUACAAGACAGAGUCUUGAAGAUUUUCCAGAGUGGGAAAGAUGUGAAAAACCCCUGACUCGAUUGCAUGUCACUUAUGAAGGUACCAUAGAAGGAAAUGGUCAAGGCAUGCUACAGGUGGAUUUUGCAAACCGUUUUGUUGGAGGUGGUGUAACCGGUGCAGGACUUGUACAAGAAGAAAUCCGCUUUUUAAUCAACCCCGAGUUAAUUGUUUCACGGCUCUUCACUGAGGUGCUGGAUCACAACGAAUGUCUUAUCAUUACAGGUACAGAACAGUACAGUGAAUACACAGGCUAUGCUGAAACGUAUCGUUGGGCCCGAAGCCAUGAAGAUGGGAGUGAAAGGGAUGCCUGGCAGCGGCGCGGCACUGAGAUCGUCGCCAUCGAUGCCCUUCACUUCAGACGCUACCUCGACCAGUUUGUGCCCGAGAAAAUCAGACGAGAGCUUAACAAGGCUUACUGUGGAUUUCUCCGUCCUGGAGUUUCUUCAGAGAAUCUUUCUGCAGUGGCCACAGGAAAUUGGGGGUGUGGUGCCUUUGGUGGUGAUGCUAGAUUAAAAGCCUUAAUACAGAUAUUGGCAGCUUCUGUAGCUGAGCGUGAUGUAGUUUAUUUCACCUUUGGGGACUCAGAAUUGAUGAGAGACAUUUACAGCAUGCACACUUUCCUUACUGAAAGGAAACUAACUGUUGGAGAAGUAUAUAAGCUGUUGCUCCGGUAUUACAAUGAAGAAUGCAGAAACUGUUCCACCCCUGGACCAGACAUCAAGCUUUAUCCAUUCAUAUAUCAUGCUGUUGAGUCCUGUGCAGAGACCACCAACCAGCCAGGACAAAGGACUGGGGCCUGAGGAGCUGAGUAAAUAGAGAACCUCCUUCCACCUCUCACCAGAAACAUCCUGUUUGACUUGUCAGGUGUAAUAUACGAACUGACUUAACUUAAUAUGAAUGUGUAUAUAAUUCAGUUUGGUGGGCAAGGAUGCAAUCCCUUCCACACACAUGCAGUUGUCAGUUUGUACAUGUAAGCCCCCUCCAUCCUAACUUACACAGGCUUAAAUAUAUUUUGUUUGCAUUUUUUUCUGUUUCAGUCUUCAUCCUUCGGUUCUUCUUUCUUUUGCCCAUCAGAUUUCCUGUGAAAUCCCAUGAAAGGUUGUGCUCAGCCUGUCAGGUCUCUUUUUUGAUGCCUAUAUAUUAUGCACAUUGCCUCUGCAGCUAGCAGAUGCCAGGGGAGAAGUUGAAAACAAAGAGCUUUUUAACUGGGUUUGCUAAAGAUUUCCCUGUAAGCCUUUCACCUCCAACUCUCGUUAUGAUUGUGUUGUCUGUUUUGAAUUUUGAAAACGAAGAGUUGAGGAUUUUUUUCAGACAUGUUACAUAAUGCACAUCUCCUAGGUUAAAACGAUUUUGUAUUUCAGACAGAAUAACUUCCAGAUACAGUUCUUUUAAGACAGCACCUUGAUCUAUAAUGGUUUCUCGGUCCCUUCUUCCCUGAUCAAUUUUUAUUAAUACUGUUUUUGGAAACUGACCAAGGUGGAAGGAAAUGUACAAUAAAAGAGUUUCCCCAAAUGGUGUUUUUUAAAAAAAAGAAAAGAUGCAAGAGAGUUGCAGGAUUUCUCAUUUCUUGGGAUUUUGUUUUGUUUUGUUUUCAAAUUAGAAUUAUUGUUUGUUCUAUGGUGCUUGAGGCGUAUUCAUAUAACCAAAGUUUAGGAACUGGGAACUCAUGCUGAUUUGUACAUAUUGAAGUUUCUCUGGUAUUCAAAGGUUAUAUAGUUAAUAAAUUUUAAUUAACAAAUUAUUUGUCAGAAACUCCCACAUCAUCUAUAUUUUAUCUAUAAAUAUAAAUAUAUGUUCUUUAAGUGUGUCUGUGUGCAAGCACAUAAAAUCCAAAUAAAACUGGAGUUAUGGAAAAUGAUUAGAUUUAGGUUUAAUCAGGAGCUCUGUUUAAAAUCAUUUAUUUACAAUUGUGUCCAUUUAAAACUGGCAUCAAACAUAAACAAUAAUGUCUUUCAGAGGUUAAAAUGAAAGCUGAUUCUGCAUUAAUUGAGAGUAAAGUUUAAUCACGAAGCAUUUAUUCAUAUUUCUAAAAUAAUACUUCGCUGCUGAAGCUCCAGUUUAUCAUCAGCUAUCAGAAAAUGCUAUUGGAGGUUAAAUCCUAGUAAUAAGAAAUUUUGAUAGAUGGUCCAAACUCCUGGUGUCAGUAUUGGCAGGAAAAAAUGGGACCAUGGCCAAUGUCUGCAGUUCUUUUUUUGUGUAGAGAUUGAGAGGUUAAUGGAAUUUGGCACCUGAUGGCAGCCACUUGUCAUUAACGAAGUUCUUUACCAUAGUAACUAAGAUUUUUAAUCAUCUCCCUAAAUCCAAGGUGUCUGGCUUCAUUUCUACUGAUACUAAAGUCUUCUCUUUCCGUCCCAACCCAUUCGGAGCUUUGGUUAAGCAUUCAUGGUUAUAUUUCAUUUCUUUUUUCUGUUUCCAUAUCUUUUCCUCUUACCCAGCCCCAGGACUAAGUGAACAGUUCUUUAAAACAUUACAUGAACAGUAUAGGAUGGUUCAUGUGGUAGAGAAAUCAUUAAAUCCAGGUAAGAAGACCACCUAGCCUAAUAUUCCAGAACAUAGAAUCUAAGACUGAACUCUUAGUGCUAAACAGGCUUAGUGACUAGGCCAUCUAUCUGAGUGCCUUUCUCUUUUGAGGGUUUUCCAAGAAUAAAACCUGCUUACUUUGUCCCAGUAUAUUCCAGGAUUGGGAUAAUUUAAUCAGAUGGAGCAUAAAGAGAAAUAAUGUCCAUUUUUUGAGGCAGGAUGAAUGCCUUCUGUAAAAAGAGGAAAAAAUCAGACGUCUAAUUAACAUUUGUCUAUUCUAAAACAUUCAACAGCAUCUUUUUAUUCCGUUAGGGGUUUAUUGUUUCAUUUCAAGUUGUUUACCCUUCCCUUCUUUCAUCUGUUGAGGCAUGAAACAAUAUUUUAGUUUAGAAUUCUUAAGUGGUUAAUAUAUAACUCACUUGCUUUACACUUUCUGUCUAGCUCACUCAGAUGCCCUUAACAGUUAAAGGAAGCAAUGUGGAGUAAUGGAAAGGAUAUGAGAUUUUAAAUCACACAAACUGGGUUUAAAUGCUAGCCACAUCCCUUGAUAAAUCUCUAAAUAAACUGAAUUUCUGAGCCUUAUUUAACUCAUCUAGAAAACGGGCUAUUAGCACUUAUUGGGAAAUGCUGUAUAUAAAGAAGUGCUUAUGGGGUCUGGCACAUAGUUGGUGCUCAAUAAAUGUCAACUGUUAUAAUUGACCAGGAAACAUUUAUGGAGCAUCUACUGUAUAUUAGGUACUGUACUAGUUGCUUCGCAUAUUUUAGCUCAUUUUUUCCAAUGGGCUAACAGAUGCCCAGAGGUUAGGGAAUGCCAUCUGAUACUCCAGAAGUUCAUUGUGAAAGGAGACUUACUCUGUCAUCUCUGGAGGAGACCUGAUAGAACAAAGGCUCUGACACUAUUUUUCUCUACCAAGUUCCUGCUAUAAGUUAUUCUUCAUAAGGAAUGACUAGUUAUCAGUGGGGUACAUUAAAAUGUCUCUGAGAGAAUUAUUUCUUUUUUUUUUUAGAUUUUAUUUAUUUAUUUGAAAGAGAGAGAAGGAGAGACAGUGAGAGAGCACAAGCAGGGAGGAGAGGGAGAAGCAGAGCAGGGAGCCUGAUGCGGAACUCGAUCCCAGGACCCUGGGAUCAUGACCUGAGCCAAAGGCAGACGCUUAACCGACUGAGCCACCCAGGCGCCCCAAAUUAUUUCUUUUCUUGCUGAUUGAAGUGACAUUAAGGGCAGGCAGACCCAAAUUGGUACUUAAAGGGGAGAUUGAAAAGGAGAUCUAACCAGGCUUCAUGACUGCUAUGCCAGGUAUUUCACCAAUAUUUAUUGCUUUGGAAACCAAAUAUUGAUUAAGCUGUCCCAGUGCAAGAAUAUGAUGGAGCAAAGAAGUAGUUGGGUUACAUUCUUUAAAACUUCAGUAGGAAGAGAAGCAGUUGUGUAUAGAUUCUCACCUGCUUUUUUUUCUUUCCUGUCUUUUCCAAUCUGUGUAGCUGCGUGUUCAUGACUUUUUUCUGAUAUAAGGAAAACCUGAAUCCUAGUUUGUCUGCUUUAAAGAUAAGUAAAGUUUAGAAGGCCUGUACGUUCUUCAUUUAACCUUGUGGAUCUUCCCUAAUCCUUUGUUUUUGGAAGUAAGGGAAAGACCAUCCAUUGCUGGCAUUUGAGCUCAAAUAUUUAAUCCUGUUCUUGUUUGGGGGCUAUAAGGGGAUUCCAGUGUGAUACUUAUUGGAACAAACUGCUAAAAUCCACUGACCCACUGCUGUUUUCUGUGCCUGUGACAGAGUGCCCUUUGUCCCCCCCAUCAGAUUCCCACACAGAUCUACUGAACCUCCAGAGCAGGUUUCCCAUACAAGAUAACCAAAACUGCUAUGUUCACCUGAUAAUUGGUUUUAUUUUUCCUGUUUAUUUUAAAUGUAGGAUUAUCAUCUCAUGACAAUUUUGAACUUGGGGAUAAGGAGAGGUCUGUGCUAAUGUCUACAUGAUUUUUGUAGGACAAGAUUAAAGAAAUUCUGAAUUCCCUUGUCACCACCUCUUUUUUCUCAAAUAGUUAUACCACUUUUGAGACGUUCAUGUGCAUGCUCUCAUUUUAAAUCUGUCAAGUAUGUCCGAGGCAUUUGGUGAAAGUUUUUACAUGUAGAUUUGUUAUUCCACAUUAGGCGUUAGGCAUGUAGAGAUAGUCACUGGCAUGAGGAACUUUCCAAAGGUAAAGAGAAUUCUGGCUGUAUUAGGUUUUCAUCCUGGCCAGGUUCCUAAGCUCAUGUUUCUUGGUGUUCAUUCCCUUUUCCUAGUUUCCAUCUUCUAAGAAAGCUCAAAUCAGGGACAGGGAAGAUGUCUUGAAGGUUCUGAGGACCACUGUCCUUCCAUCCAUUCACAUAUUCAUAAACACAGGUAUCUUCUAUGGGUAUCCACUGAACUUUCUGCUCAGGGAUACAAAGAUGAAUGACUUGUCCUCUGCACUCAGAUCUAAACUGACACACAGAGAGGGUAAGUGAUCUAAGACUCUAUAAAUAGUAUUUUCUUUUCACUACUCUGUUCCAAUUCAACAUAGAAAAAACAAUUGAAUUUUUGUGUUGUCAAUUUAGAAACUUGAAUAGACACCUGCACCAUGUCAGUUCACCACAAUGUUGAACUCCUUUACACAAUUUCCUCUGUUGGAGAGUUGUGUAAACAAAUGGGCUAACUUAUUAUGUAACAUUAAGAUGGGCUACCUUCAUGCCCUUUCUUGACAAUGUAGGAGCUGGCAUCCAGCGCCUGCCAUCUUGAUUCCUGCCAUGUCGAUUCCACUGGUUCUUGGAUUCUGAGGAAAUAGCACUGGAAGCUAAAAAGUAGAUUUCCUAAUGUAAAUGUACUUUUCCUUGUAGUAAGGAAAUGUUGGAUAGGUAAAAAGUCAAGUUUUAGCAGGAAUUAUAUUGCCUCCAUUUGAAUACUACAUAUUUAAUCUAUGAAAAAUGAAGAAAAUUAGUUUAACAAAUGAAUUUUACUUCAUAUCAAAAUAUUUCAAAAUAUGGUGAUAUUGGCGAUAGAAUAAUAAAAGGGGUCCUUGUGGUAAAAGGGUAGAGACCAUCAUAUCAGAAUGUUGCAUUUUCUGUUAAGGUUUGUAAUAGUAAGCUAUAAACUAGGACAUAAAUUUUCAAUAUUUGGGAAGAAAUAUAUUCACUGUAAAAUUGGUUAAACCCUGAUCUUGAACACAUGUGAAGCAUUUUCAUCAUGAUCUUGACCUCAUAGAGUAUCAUUUAUUCUACAAAUAGCAUAUCUCAUUAAUUACAAAAUAAACAUUUUUUCCACAUUGUAGCAUCUGAAAUUCAAAUAGUUCUAAAAAUUG